UGAACAGCACCUGCAUCACUUCAUGCAAAUUGAUGGGCAGGUUUAAAUAUCAACACCUUAGAAGGCAUCAUAUCAGUCAGCACAAGAAUAAUCUCCACAGGAGUAAGGUACAAUCAACGCCACCAUGAGCACCCUCACAGAGGCAAAUACCAAGUUUUGUGUGGACCUUUUCAAAGUCUUGGCCAAGGAAACACCGAAAAAGAAUGUCUUCUUCUCCCCAGUUAGUGUCUCAGCAGCUUUGGCCAUGGUGCAGUUCGGUGCCAGAGGUGACACUGCUAAACAGAUGGAAAGGGCUCUUUGCUUCGAUGAGGUCACUGGAUCUGGAAGCAGUCCCCCAGCUGCAGGAGCUCAGUGUGAUAGACCUGGAGGACUGCACUCCCAGUUCAAGGAGCUCAUGGCUGCCAUCAACCGGCACACCAAAAACUAUGCGCUGAGCAUUGCCAACAGGCUAUAUGGAGCAGAGCAGUAUGAAUUCCUUCAGCAAUAUUUACGUUGCAUAAAGGAGCUUCAUGGUGCUGAGCUGGAAAGAGUUGACUUCCAGCGUGCUACUGAGGAAGUGAGAAAGAAGAUUAAUUCCUGGGUUGAGAGUCAAACCAAUGGUAAAAUCAAAAAUCUUUUCCCUCCUGACUCAAUUACUGCAUCAACCGUUUUGGUCCUGGUGAAUGCCAUAUACUUCAAAGGAAAGUGGCAAAGAGAAUUUAAGAAAACGGAUACAAAGGAAGCACCUUUUUGGAUAAGCCAGAGUCAGAGCAAAAAUGUGCAGAUGAUGUGUCAAAAAGAUGUUUUUCACUGGGCUGAAAUACAAACUCCCCCAAUUCAAGUGCUCGAACUUCCCUAUGAUCAGGGUGAUCUUAGUAUGAUCAUUUUGCUACCACAUGGCAAAGAAGGUCUGGACCAGCUUCAGGAGGAGCUCACCUAUACAAAAUUUAAAGAAUGGAGCUGUCAGUCGAACAUGAAGAAGGAAAAGCUGGAUGUUUGCCUACCGAAAUUCAAGCUCGAAGAAAACUACCUACUCCCCGCCCCUUUGCAAGCUUUAGGAAUGAAAGAUGUUUUUUCUAGAGAAAAAGCUGAUUUAACUGGCAUGUCUGAAAGACGGGAUCUUUUUGUUAGUGCCGUAGUUCAUAAAGCUUAUGUAGAAGUCAAUGAAGAAGGUACGGAGGCUGCAGCGGCCACGGGUGCCACAAUAGAGACUACUUCAGCAAGGCCAGGAUUUAGAGCUGAUCGGCCAUUCCUUUUCUGCAUAAGACACAACAAAACCCAGAGCAUACUCUUUGUGGGAACAGUUCGCGACCCUUAAAUGAUAGAACACAUUCUCUUCACAGCUCAGUCAUAAACCUAGGAUGUUAUAGUGUUGUCCCCCGCCCUUCCCCCAAAGGCAAUGGCGAACCCGUGAAUCCUCCACGAAUGACAAACCUGCCACAAACCAGCUCUCAAAAAAGAAUACAAUAUUGCAAGACAGACAAAGCCAGUUUCAGAGGACAGAAUGAAAGCCAAGCCCAUGUGGCGAGCCAAUACCCUUGGAAGACACAGGCACACCUUUAAAAUGAAGAAAAAGCAGACCCGGGAGCCUUAAAACACUGGCUCCUGACAUUCCCGGUUACUGCCGAAUAUUUCCCGGAUUUUUCAGCACUCAUCUCCUGGCAUCCCCCAAAAAAUCAUAGGCUGAUUUCGCACUAGAGCUGCUUCGAUGUAGCGCUGCCAUUUGCCCUGA